UGACUUCACUUCACUUCAGUUCAAUUCAGACGCCGAGGGGAGAGGACGUGUUUCUGACGCACGCGCUGUGAUGCGAGCUUGUGAAAAUCAAAACAGGGAAAUGCCGACCGACAUUAUGCCGAAUUGUCGCGCGGAACAGUUCACUAGAUACAAGAAAACUUGCGAUGCGGAAGUGAAGUCCGGUUUUCUUGUUUUAUUGGGACCGGGCGGCAUGCGGCAGGACGUUAGAGUGGUUGUAUACAGAACAUCACUGGAGCACUUUGCUGUUAUAUACCCGAGGAAGCGCCUGUCGAAGCCUAUCGGAGUGGUGAACCUGAGGAACACAAUAGUCGAGCGCGUCGCUUCAAAUGGAGGCUUCUAUGUGAGACAGAAGGGCUACGACAACGCGAUAUCAGCCAAGUUUCUCUGCUCCGAACGAGAUAUAGACGCCUGGCUGUCAGCUUUUACUUCAAACACAUCACCAAAUUGUCACCAUCACGCCAGUUUACCGGUUUUAGUUGAAGCCGAAGAGAGUUAAACUUGUUAAUCGAUAUUAUCGGUUUUUGUUUUUCGGUGAUCGAAUCCCCCUCGGGGAGUGUAUUCGUGAAUCUCUAUUCGAGGUUGUUUAUUUUGCAAUGGGAUGUGAAAAAGUGAAAGCCGUGAUUUUUUGCGAGCGCAUGAAAGUGUUCUCUUUAUUCGAUAUUAUAGAUGCGUAAUGAAACAUAGAGUUGUUGCUCUAGUUUGAUAAAAUGUGUAAUGUUACCAUAUAAAUAUAAAAUAUGUAAAAAUGUGCCCCUUUCUCGUCAACAUUUCAAGAUACUUUGUAUAAAGUUACUGUGA